GCGAAACCCCCCACUGUCGAUUUUUAUAACAUUAACAGAAAUUACCCAACGUUCUUUAUGGGUAUAAAUGGGGUUUGACAAACCGUCAUACAAUCAGUCUGGUUUGCCACUAGCAAAGUGAAGGAGGUAUUCGCUAAAGUACAAUGGCUUUCAAGAUUAUCCUAGCCCUAGCUCUUGUAGCUAUCGCGACUGGAGGUACCUCUGCCCACAAGGCACAUUCCUUCCAGCAUUACCAUGGACCGGUACAUGGACACGAUCAAGAAAUAAGCUGGAAGGACAAGCAUGGACACCAUCACCACGAUUACGUAGCUGAACCCCAUUACAAAUUUUCAUACGGUGUCGAGGAUCACCAUACUAAGGAUUUCCAUGGAGCGCACGAGCACCAUGAUGGAAAACACGUCACUGGCGAAUACUCCCUUCACGAGCCCGGCGGCAACAUCAGAACUGUCAAAUACCACGUGGAUAAGCAUGGUUUCCAUCCCGUUGUACACAACAGUGGCGGUAUUGAUCAUCAUCAUUAAGUGUCACGCCAACUGACCAUUGACCAUUCAAGAAUUUACUAUGUUACGCAUUGCUAUUGACGAACAUCGUUGCUAACCCGAGCUUGGGAUUUAUGUUUGAAGUUUAUUAAAUCGUUAUACUAUUACGUAA